AUGUCGCUCCUCGACCUGCCCUCGGAAUUAGUCCUGAUAACAGUGACAUUCCUGGAGACAGAAAGAGAUAUCAACUCGUUAUGUCUCACCAACCGACGAUUUUAUUCACUUCUCAAUUCUUACCUCUAUCGCAUCAACUCUUGCAGUUCGAGACCCGCACUAGUAUGGGCCACCCUUCAAGGGAAGGAGGGUACGGCUCGAAUGUCAAUUCAAGAAGGGGCUGAGCCGGAAUGGAUGGAUGGACAUGGCCGGGGAUUAAUAUGCCUCGCCGUCAAGAGUCGCCAUGAUGCGAUAGUGAGGAUAUUACUUGAGACUGGGAAGAUAAAUAUUGAUUUGAGGGACUCCGAGGGGCGAACACCAUUAUCAUGGGCCGCAUCACGUGGCUAUAAGGCGGCAGUGCAGCUGUUACUUCUGGUUGGGAACGCGCACGUAGACUCAAAAGACUACGACGGCCGAACACCGUUGUCCCGUGCCGCAGAACAUGGCCGUGAGGAGAUCGUGAGAUUGCUACUCGAGUCUAGGAAGGUGGAAGUGGACUCAAAAGACUACGAAGGUCUGACACCAUUGUGCUGGGCCGCAGAAUGGAGCCAUGAAGGGGUGAUGAAGUUAUUGAUCGAGACUGGGAAGGUGAAUAUGGACUCCAAAGACUCCAAAGGCCGAACACCAUUGUCCCGGGCCGCGUCAAGUGGUUCAAGUUGUUAUAAGGCGGCAGUGCAACUGUUACUUAGCACUGGGAAGGUGGAAGUGGACAUAAAAGACUACGGGGGCCGAACACCAUUGUCCUGGGCCGCGGAAUUUGGGCGUGAGGGUAUCGUGAAAUUGCUACUCCAGACUGGGAAGGUGGAUGUGGGCUCAAAAGACAACGAGGGUCUAACGCCAUUAUGCUGGGCCGCACGGAAUGAUCAUGAAGAGGUCGUGGAAAUGCUACUCGGGUUCUGA